CUGGCUUGCUGUCUGCUCUAGUCUGUUACUCUUGCUGUUCGACAUUAGGUUCGACUGAGUGCCUGCGUCGACCACACCAAUCUGUCCACUUGAGAUUCUCCUGUCGCAUCGAUUUCCUUCUGAGUCAUACCGGGCCAUGCUCUACCUUUGAUCCCGGCAAUGCAGCCUCCAGAAGGUGUGCAGGUCGACCUGGGCAAGGCCCAGGUCAUCGACCGUGUUCCCAAAGUGAUCAGCCAGUUGAAAUUUGGUGUUUUGUCCAACGAUGACAUUGUGAGCCAAGGUGUCGUGGAAGUCUCGGACCGGAAAUUCUUCGACCUCGAACAUGACAGAGCGGUGGUCCCGCACGGUCCCCUGGAUUCGCGCAUGGGUAUAUCGAGCAAGUCGGGGGCAUGUCAAACCUGCGGUGGUGCACUCCAGGUGUGCAACGGACACUUCGGCCAUGUGAAGCUGGUAUUGCCCAGUUUCCACGUGGGAUACUUCAAGCGCGUCAUCACCAUCCUGCAGGAAGUGUGCAAGGAAUGCUCCCGGAUUCUCCUCCCCGAGGCCGACCGACGAGCGUUUCUGCGGGAAAUGCGACGCCCGGGCCUGGAUAAUCUGCGACGGAUGCAGAUCGCGAAACGGAUCAACGAACGGUGCCGCAAAACCCGCAUCUGCGAGUGUUGCGGGGCGAUCAACGGCGUCGUCAAGAAGGCCGGCACGAGCGCCCUGAAGAUCGCCCACGAUAAAUUCCGCGCGUUCAACGCGUCGACCUCCGUCAAGAAGAUCCCGCCUCCCUCCAAGAUUGUUUUCGACCGCUCGUUCGAAGAGGCUCGGACUUCCAACCCCGAGGUGGAGAAACAUUACAAGAAGGCCUCGGAUGAUAUGAAUGCGCUGCGGGUGCUCAAUCUGUUCAAGAAGAUCACCGACACCGAUUGCGAGCUGCUGGGACUGAACCCGACGGAGGCCCGACCGGAGAUGUUCCUCUGGCAGUAUAUCCCCGCCCCGCCGGUCUGUAUCCGGCCUUCGGUGGGUCAGGAUGCGGCGUCGACGGAGGACGAUUUGACAGCCAAGCUGGGUGAUAUCGUCCAGAGUAACAUCAACCUCAAAAAUGCCCUGCUGAAGGGAGCGCCGGUCCAGACGAUCAUGGAAUGCUGGGAUUACAUGCAGCUGCAGAUCGCCGUCUACAUCAACAGCGAUGUCCCGGGUCUCAACAAGGCGGAUCUUGGGAAGCCCAUUCGUGGAUUCGUGCAGCGGUUAAAGGGUAAACAAGGGCGAUUCCGUGGAAACUUGUCCGGCAAGCGUGUCGACUUCUCGGGUCGAACGGUCAUUUCGCCCGAUCCCAACUUGCGGGUGGACGAGGUCGCCGUGCCAGUGUUGGUGGCUAAGAACAUGACCUACCCAGAGGUCGUCACACGCUACAACAAGGAGAAACUACGGGAGCGGGUGCGCAACGGGACCAAGAAAUGGCCCGGCGCGAACUAUCUCGUGAAGAAAGGAUCGACGUUCAAGAAUUUCCUCAAGUACGGUAAUCUCAAGAUGAUCGCCGACCAGCUGCAGGAAGGAGACGUCGUCGAGCGACACAUUGAGGAUGGCGACAUCGUGCUGUUCAACCGACAGCCCUCCCUUCACAAGCUCAGUAUCCUCUCCCAUUUCGCCAAGGUCCGUCCGCAUCGGACGUUCCGACUCAACGAAUGUGCCUGUAACCCGUACAACGCCGAUUUCGACGGAGACGAGAUGAACUUGCACGUGCCCCAGACGGAGGAAGCCCGCGCGGAAGCCAUGGAGCUGAUGGGCGUCAAGAACAACUUGGCUACCCCCAAGAACGGAGAACCCAUCAUUUCGGCCAUCCAGGAUUUCAUCAGUGCUGCGUUCAUUCUCAGUGGCAAGGACAACUUUUUCAACAGACGGGACUUCACCCAGCUGUGCUUGUACAUGCUCGGCCCCGAAACCCGGUUUGAUCUGCCCCCGCCGUCCGUGCUCAAGCCGCAGAUGCUCUGGACCGGAAAGCAAGUCUUCAACAUCCUCAUGCGCCCGAACAACGACGACCCCGUGAUGGUCAACCUGGACGCUGCGUGCCGUCAGUUCAAGGCCCCCAAAGACGGCCGCCCGAAGGACUUGGAUCCCAACGACGCCUGGCUCGUGGUCCGCAACUCGGAGGUGAUGUGCGGCGUGAUGGACAAGUCGACCGUCGGUUCGGGUAAGAAGGAUAACGUGUUCUACAUUAUGCUGCGUGAUUUUGGCCCGCCGGCCGCUGCGGAGGGCAUGAACCGCCUGUCGAGGCUGUCCGCGCGUUGGUUCACCAACAUGGGUUUCUCCAUCGGUAUCACCGAUGUCUAUCCCAGUGAGAAGCUGCUGCGGUCCAAGAAUGACCUGGUCGAGACGGCCUACGCCCAGUGUGACGAAGUCAUUGCCAAGUACAAGGCCGGAACUCUGGAGAAGUACCCCGGUUGCGACGAACUGCAGACCAUGGAGAACCAGCUCUCCGGUAUUCUCAGUAAAGUCCGUCAACAGGCCGGUGACGAGUGUAUCGCGCAGCUGAGCAAGUACAACUCGCCCCUGAUCAUGGCCACGUCCGGUUCCAAGGGUUCCAGCAUCAACGUGUCGCAGAUGGUUGCGCUGGUCGGACAGCAGAUUAUCGGUGGACAGCGUGUGCAAGACGGCUUCCAGGACCGGACACUGCCCCAUUUCCCGAAGAACGCGCGCCAGCCGCCGUCGAAGGGUUUCGUGCGCAACAGUUUCUUCUCGGGUCUCGAGCCGCCCGAGUUCAUUUUCCACGCCAUGUCCGGUCGUGAAGGUCUGGUCGAUACGGCCGUCAAGACAGCCGAGACAGGCUACAUGUCCCGUCGUCUGAUGAAGUCGCUGGAAGAUCUGUCGACUCGGUACGACGACACGGUGCGAAACUCGUCGUCCAGCAUUGUGCAGUUCCAGUACGGUGACGACAAGCUGGAUCCGGUAGAUAUGGAGGGCAAAGCCAAGCCGGUGCACUUUGACCGGACUUUCAUCCAUUGCGAGUCGACGACGUAUAAGAACGACGAGCCUAGUCUGCUGCCCGCGCAGAUAUUGGAUGUCUCCGAGGAGAUGCUGUCUAAGGAGCGUGCCAAGCUGCAGCGCAAAGACCUGAUGGGCGAGUCGCUGGGCUACAUGGACCGGAGCGAUCACGGCAUUGACCAGUACGAGAGUGCGCGUGACUUCCUCGAGUCCAUUCUGCAGUAUGUGUCGACAAAGGCCGAGCGGCUCAUCUCGCGGGGUGGCGACAACAACGAAACCGACGAGAGAAGCCAGAAGGGCCUGCACCACACGGGCAAACUGACCGACCGGACGCUUCGGGCGUUCAUCACCGCUUGUUUGACGAAAUACAAGCGGGCGCAGGUUGAGCCGGGCCACGCCGUCGGCGCCGUCGGUGCGCAGUCCAUCGGUGAACCGGGUACGCAGAUGACACUGAAGACAUUCCAUUUCGCUGGUGUCGCCGGCAUGAGUAUCACGCAGGGUGUGCCGCGUAUCAAGGAAAUCAUCAACGCGUCCCGAGAGAUCAGUACGCCCGUCGUGGCAUGCGAGCUCGUCAACAACACGAACAUCGUCGCCGCGCGGAUCGUCAAGGGCCGCGUGGAACAGACCUACCUGCGGGACAUCAUCCACUACGUGCGCGAGACGUGGACAGGCAAAGACGCAUUCAUCACGGUCAAGAUCAACUGGAAGACGAUCGACGACCUGCAGCUGGAGUUGAAGAUCCACAACAUCCUGUCGGCGAUCAAGAACCACCGGCGGUUCAAGGCGGACGACCUCAAGUUCCGACACUCGCGCACGCACAUCCACAUCCACAUGGACCUGGACCCGUCGAGCAAGUCCAACCUGUCCAAGACGGAGAUCGCCUCCACCAGCGCGGAUCCCUUCCUGCGCCUGAAGCACCUCAAGCGCAUGCUGCCCGACAUCCAGGUGCUGGGCCACCCGCAGGCAUACCGGGCCAUCAUCCGCACGGACGAGACCUCAACGUACAACACGCUCCUGGUCGAAGGCUACGGGCUGAAGCCAUGCAUGACGACACUCGGCGUCGACGGGCUGCGCACAACAACCAACAACAUCAUGGAGAUGAAAGAAGUGCUGGGCAUCGAAGCGGCGCGGUCAACAAUCGUACGAGAAAUCAGCGAAGUGAUGAAAGACAUGGACAUCGACCCGCGGCACAUGCAGCUGCUCGCCGAUGUCAUGACCUACAAGGGCGAAGUGCUGGGCAUCACGCGGUUCGGUCUGUCGAAGAUGCGCGACUCGGUGCUGCAGCUAGCGUCCUUCGAGAAGACAGCCGACCACCUGUUCGACGCGGGCGGCGGCGGCCGCGCCGACAUGAUCGAGGGUGUCUCGGAGUGUAUCAUUAUGGGCAAGACGGUGUCGCUGGGCACGGGGGCCAUGGAGGUCGUGCGACGGAUGAACUUCUACGAGGGACAGAUUGGGCCCAAGAAGACUACGUUCGAGGAUGCGUGGGGCGAGGACAAUACGGCCCCUGUCAAGCGACGCAAGCGGGUGCCGAAAUAAUAUGUGUUUGUAAUUGUUGAUGCUGGAGGGCUGUUUGAUGGACUUUUGGCUUUGGACAUAAAAAGUCGCAUUCUUGGCGUUGGUCUAUGUAGGCUUGGUUAGCGAGAUCUGCC